CCGGCCGGACUCAUUUUCGAUCGGGCCAUCGGACUUCGCACGUCUACCGCUUAUCGGCCGAUUAGUUUGCCCGACAGUUCAGCCGUCCCCGCCUUUUCUUUCAGUUUCCUUCUCUCUUCUGAACGCGUGGGAGGUAGUUCUGCAAAUCGCGAACCGUCCGAGCCAUCACGUGGAAUCAGCGUGGAAUUUCGGCAAGCCCAAUCGUUCGCAUCCCGAGAGUGCUCUAGUGCCCGGCGUCUGUUCUCUGUUUCAUCCCUCAGGAUUACUGUGAUCUCAGCUUCUCUUUCCAGUACCGUAUCGGAUUAUUUUCACACCCAGGUGCUUGUGUCUCAAAGGAAGCGCCUAAGUUACCAUUCUCUCUUGGUGCCUAACGUCAUGAUCCUUCUCUUCUGAUAACACCAACCGGCUAGUCUGUAAGUGAAAUUUCUCGCUCAACUCCUUAAGAAGACUGAAACAAUGGGUACUGGUGGUCGGACGAACGCAACCCCACAGAAGGUGGGCCCGGACCCUCUGAAGAGGGUCCCGCACACGAAGCCCCCGUUCUCCCUGAGCGAGAUCAAGAAGGCCAUCCCCCCGCACUGCUUCAACCGCUCGAUAGUCCGCUCCUUCUCCUACGUCCUCUACGACCUGGCCAUCAUCUUCGGGCUCUACUUCGUGGCCUCGACCAUCAUCCCCACCCUCCCGGCCCCGCUCCGCUACGUCGCCUGGCCCGCCUACUGGAUCGUCCAGGGCUGCGUCAUGACCGGCGUCUGGGUCCUGGCCCACGAGUGCGGGCACCACGCCUUCAGCGACUACCAGUGGCUCGACGACACCGUCGGCUUCGUCCUCCACUCGGCGCUCCUCGUGCCGUACUUCUCGUGGAAGUACUCGCACGCCCGGCACCACUCCAACACGGCCUCCCUGGAGCGUGACGAGGUCUUCGUGCCCAAGAAGAAGGACGGCAUCAGCUGGUACGCCAAGUACCUCAACAACCCCCCCGGCAGGAUCAUCUGCCUCGUCGUCACACUCACGCUCGGAUGGCCGCUCUACCUCGCCUUCAAUGUUUCCGGAAGGCCUUACGACCGAUUCGCCAACCACUUCGAUCCGCAAAGCCCGAUCUACUCCGAGCGCAAGCGGAACCAAAUCAUCAUGUCAGACUUGGGUAUCGUGGCCGUUUCCUACAUCAUCUACCGGGCGGUCAUGGCCUACGGGCUGGCCCAUGUGAUGUGCAUCUACGGGAUCCCACUUCUGAUUGUCAACGGGUUCCUCGUCUCCAUCACGUUCCUGCAGCACACGCACCCCUCGCUGCCCCACUACGACUCGUCCGAGUGGGACUGGUUCAGAGGCGCCCUCGCCACGGUCGACAGGGACUACGGGAUCCUCAACCACGUGUUCCACCAUAUCACGGACACGCACGUAGCCCACCACCUCUUCUCCACGAUGCCGCACUACCACGCCAUGGAAGCAACGCAGGCCAUCAAACCCCUCCUGGGAGAGUACUAUCAGUUCGACGGAACACCCAUCUACAAAGCCAUGUACAGGGAGACCAGAGAGUGCGUUUUCGUCGAGCGGGAUGAGAAGGACCACACCAAAGGUGUCUUCUGGUACAGCAACAAGAUUUGAUGAUGAUUCCUCAAAUACGACCCCUCCACCACAACGAUUGUAUCGAUAGGUAGCCUUCGUUUCAGUCCUAGUGACUGGAUGUCGGUGGCGUGGUGUGAUUUACUGGUAUCGUCGAACUUCUGGCGUAAGGACGUAUCUCAAUUUCCACAUGGGCUUUGGAAAGCAUGGAUUUACAUGUAAAACAGGGCUCAUGUGGAAAUUUAGUUACGCCCUUACGUCAGAAGAGCGACGAUUUAUCGAUUGAUCUGCCAUUUGAAACUAUGGAAAAGGGUCGAUAGACAGGGUUUACCUUAAUAAUCGAUUCUUUACCAUAGCUUCAAAUGGGGAAAUAUCGAUAAUCGGUCCCAUGCCUCGCCACUGCUGGAUGUAACGAUCACCGGGCCCAGUUUUCGGAUCUUCUCGAGAUAAUUUCGUUUUAUCAGGGACUACUUACCGCGGGGAUGGAUUGAAAAUAGUCAUGAGCGGGGUUGUUUUUCUUAGUUCGUUAUGUCCGGUUUUCACUGUAGGAAAAAUAGUGAAAAAAUAGUGAUAAUAGUCUUAAGGUUUUUUUUAUUGUUACUGUAAGUGUCAAGCUCCUCAUGAUGGGGAUUAAAAAUAUCGGGAAAUUAGGUUUCUAGUGCGGGCAAAUGCAAUCUAAGUACCUUCUAAGCUUUUGCCCCCCCUAAAUAUGAAUAUCUUGGAGACAAGUAACCUACAGCACUCUAAAAUCCUUCUCGCUACAUUUUUUACCAAGUUACGGUGCUUACUGUCAAUUAUAACACAAUGUAUCUCCUGAUUCUGCAGCAUGAGUUGCUUAAGUUUAAGUAACUGACUUAGAGAAAAUGUAUAGUGUUCGAAACAUUAACUUUGUAUUAGCCGUUGCUGCCUUGUUGGAUCAUCCAAAUUUUCUCUUCGAGCUCACAAUUUUGUAUCGUUAAUUUUAAUACAGGGUUCCCUGAAUAGUUCACCGUAGUAGUAGCCGGACGGAGCCUUUAGUUCUUCAUACAAUCGUCUCAGUAACUUUAGUUCAUGGAAAUGCUCCUUUGACUAUCCCAUUUUUGCUUAUUUCUUCCCUAGUCACAUCUAAAUUACAGUACUGUACCAUGUAUUCAAAUUAGAAUACAGCCACAAUCAAGGAAAAGAAACCAAUUUGCCGUUUUAUUACGUGAAUCGGCCUGGAUAAUUUGUUCGCUAACUUGGCAGGGCUCAUAUAUCACCAGUUUUUUUUUUAUUUCUCAUGUUUGUCAAGUAGGAAAGUGUCUCAGGUGUUUCCAGGGUUUGUCAAUCUUGCCUUAGGCAUUGUAAUUGCAAGCCAUUAAAUAUUUGAGUACAAAUGAUUUCUAAUUUUUUGAGUGAUCUUCACACACAGAUUUUCCUGAAAUACAUUCGACAGUUAGGUGGAUCAAACCUAUUCCUAUUUUCUCCUGAGAUGGUCAGAUUAAUUGAUGUCCAACCAAAAUACUGACGUGAUCCAUUUUGAAUGUACUAAAGUUUUUGCUUUAAUGUGUAAAAUGGAUUAAACCUAGAAUAAAACCAUGGAAUACUAAAAUUAAGGACAGUAUCGAUGAAAUCUGUCCCAAAGGUGCCGAAACAUUAAUUGUUGCUUUGCAGUUGGUAGAGUGGAAUUUCUUGUGCAGUAGUACUUGUUCUGCAGAGAAACCUUUUUAUUCUCAACGAUUAUUUCGUUUGUUUUAGACUUUUUAUUCUCUCUUUGUGUUGUUAUUUUCUUUAUUUAUCCUUUUUUUUUGUCAGAUUUUUUUUGUUUUUUUUUUCUCCCCAUACCUGCUCUCUAAGUGCAGUAAAUGCUGAUUGCUUCAAGAACUGAGUUUUGCUCCAGAACCCCUUAGUUAGUGUAAUUUACCUGAAUAAUUAUAGUUAAUAUAAGCUCUUUUACCCAUUCGCUCAUAUACCUAAGACUUUAGCAUAAUAUUCAUUAGGAUAUUAGACAAAUGUUUUUGUUACAUUACUGUCAAUACUCCCUCUUGUCUCUUUGUUUGUAUUGUUUUGUUUCUCUUUCAUAUUUGUGGCGGUAGUCUGAUAAUCCUUGUAAGUCUUAUCAAAAAACUAGACGUAAAUCGAAAUCCGUAGAUCUGUGGGUUCCCCGAUGAAAUAAAGCUACAUUAUAUCGACCAUUCUUCAAGUUGAUUAAAUGAUAGAAUCUAGCAAUACAAAGACAAUAAGAUCUGGCAUGUAUUUUCCGUCGAUAAGUAAUCACGUUUUUAAUAUAAUACAAUCAUCAUUUCCAUCAUCAUCAUCAUCAUAUCUUAGCACCAUAAUUCUACUAUGUUUUCUACCUGUAACUCCACAUUGACUUCUCCCUGUAUUUAUCUCCAAAUUGUGUCAAAGUUUAAAAAUAGUAGCUCUGUAAUAUCUGGAAUUUGAGUCUCUACAUUAAACUUCUCUUUUUUUAUCAAUCAAA